UCCCCCCGCGCCUGUCUCAUGCGAGCAGCGGCUCCAGGGGGGCUCCGCGCCCCGCCGGGGGCUCUGCUGGUAGCUGGCUACUUUGUGCGAGUGCUGCUGCUGCUCCCAGCCCGGGCCUCCCCGGCAGCAGACCCCCCUCGCCUCGGGCAGCAUCCGCCCCAGUGCAAAGACUUGCCCGCGAGCCGCCCGAUGCACGGAGAUCCCCCUCCUCUCGGGGCCGGGCACGAGGUCUCGGUGGCCCUUGCCGCUGGCUCGCGGUUUCCUUCCCCCGAGGAGUCACCCCGCGGCCGGGCUCCCCGCCUCCAGAGCGGCGGAUGGUGCAGCCAGACGGCAGCCCAGGUUGUUACAGAUAAGCAGCGGAUUCAAAAAAAGAGAGACUGCUUUGGUAUGACAGCUGUAGAAUUACUGGGAACAGGAUUAAAGGGAACAAAUGAAGACCAUAAUCUGCUUUUGACUUCCGCAGCACCAGAUGUUCAUGGGAUCCAUUCACUGUUUGCCUUGAUCCCCUCAUGGACAAAGAAGAUUUUGUUCAAACGAGAGUCUACUAUUAGCCAGCAGCUGCCAGAAGAUGUGCCAAGAAUUUCAGUGUCUUCUGGGUAUGGGAUAACUCUUCAGAAAUGUGCAGUGGUGGCUACUCAACAUGAUCUCCAAACUGCAUAUGUAAGACUUCUGAUAAAUAAUACCAACACACCAUCUGCAUCCAAUGUCACAGAUCUCAUUCUGCUGGACAAUAUUACUGGCCUCCAUGUUCAAGGAACCAGUGGUAAUAAGACUACAGAUGGGUUCCAGAUAUAUAGGAGAGGAUUCCUGCAAGUUGGAGAAUACUACUCAAUCAACUACAUUGCAUUUCUUGAUGCAAAAGAAACCUGGGAUGGCAGAGCCUUGACACUGCCUGCUAAAUUGACCUUCAACAGUUCAUCACUGAACAAAACACAGCAUAGUUUGACUGCAUCAUUCACCAUAACAGCAGAGGAAAAGACUAAGAUUUUGUACAGCCAUGGCAUCCAUGCUUCAGGAUUCUUCGUUGCUUUUGUUAUUUCUCUUGUAUUAACAUGCGUUGCGUUUUUUGCUGUUUACCAAACUAGAAGAUUAAAAUGGAGUUUCCUUAAUAAAAACCAGGAGAUACGAUAUGAUCUUACUCUAGAUCACAAACUGGAGUAUUCACAGUUUAAUUCAGGAGAUCCGUUUAAUGAAGAUAUCAUUAUGAAUGACCAAAUCAUUGAGAUACUGGCCUUUGAAGACUCCAAGAACAUGCUUCAAGCUUUAGAAGACUUGAAGGUAGCAAACCUGACCCGUGCAGAUGCUGAUCUGGAAGCAUAUCGAAUGCAGAUGUGUAAAGAGGUGAUUGCCAUGUUGAUGAAGAACAUGGUUUUCAGACACAAUCUCUCUCCUAAUGUGGAGAAAAGGAUGGGUUCAAUUCUCAAAAAGCAGUUUUUUGCAAUGGAGAAUGAAGUUCAGGAGGAGUAUACAAGGAAGAUGGUGGCUUUAACUGCCGAAUGUAAUCUAGAGACUAGGAAGGAAAUGGAGGUUCAGCACCAACGAGAGAGAGCUGCAAAUGAUGAGGCUGAAGAAUUAAUCAAGCGAUUGAAUGAGAAGGUAAAUCAGUCUGCUAUAGAAUACAGGUGUCUUCUGGAAAAAAUUCACAAACUUGAGCAGAACCACAUGAAGAGGUUCCUUUUGGUGAGACAGGAGGAGUACUUUGCAAAAGCUUAUCGACAGCUGGCUAUUUUCCAGAGAACAGAGCUCCAUAAUGUCUUUUUUACUCAGAUAAAAAAUGCCAUUUUCAAGGGAGAAUUGAAGUUAGAAGCAGCCAAAGCACUAGUGCAGGAUUACUCUAAAAUACAGGAGGACAUUGAAGAGCUAAUGGAUUUUUUGCAGGCUAAUAAGAAGUAUCAUCUGAGUAAAAGAUUUGCGUACAGAGAGUACCUAAUAAAUAAUAUACAUUUAUGGGAUUCCCAAGCCUCUUCUCUCUUGAACACAGCAGCAAGCCAGAUAACAAGUCUCAUUAACAAGACGGAAAGAGCUGGUCAUUUGUCUGAAAAUCAUUUGGGAACACUUCUUGACCAAGCUCAGGCAGAAGUUCAUUCUGUUAAACAGAAGUUGGAUCAUAAUUUAAAACAGGAAAAGCAAAGGCUUCACCAGAAACUCGUUACUAAGAGAAGACGAGAAAUGUUGCAAAAGCAGAAAGAACAAAGAAAGGAGCAGAUGUCGAUAGGAGACACUUUCAAAACCACUAAAGAGGUUAGCCACUACUUGAGCCACUGGCAAAAGCUUCUGACUGAUCAUGCUGUUGAAUUUGAAGAGCUUAUUGAAAAGCUUGAUAAUGAUGCCAGCGAAGAAAUAAAAGUGCUUAGAUUUACUUUGACAGAGAAAGCUAUUGAUGAACUUAAACGCAUUCAGUAUGGAGUAAUCACUCAAGAACUGUUAAAACUGAGUGUGCCAAAGCCAUUCCUGCAACAAAUUGUUGAGGAGCAUAAAAAGGAAAUUGCUAUUCAGACUGAACAGCUUGAAAAAGAAGAACAUGACAAAAAUAUGGCCACUCGAGAAUGGCUUGAGAAUACCAGGCAAAAACUGAGCCAAGAGCUGGAACACAGAAUUGCAGAACAAAAAAAAUUAAGGAGUUGGGAACAGUUAGUGUUCAAGAGACUUUUAAGUCUGCCUCUUUCAUUAUCUGAAGAGGAAUUGCUUAGAAUGAGACAAGAGUUCCAUUGCUGCUAUUCUCAGAUGGACAAUAACUUAGCUUUGCCCAAGAUUCGGAGAAGAGCUUUGCUUCAGGCGUAUCAGUCGGCGUGGAGGGAAGCGGAGCUGCUGAAAGUGGAUCAGAACUCAGCAGUAUCCGACAAACAGUCCAAGAUCAAAAAACAACGAUCCAAGAAUAGAAAUAAGAUAGAUGUUCUGAAAAAAUCUUUGGAGGAUAAAAUUCGCAUCUAUGACGAACCGAUUACAGAUGAAAAUUUGAACAAGGUCCAUAAUGAGUUGCUGCUUGAAAAGGAGCAUCAGUUGCAUUCUCGGGAGAAUAAACUUGGAGAGUCCAUUGCUGCUUUACAGUUCCAAAAGACUGAUAAGAAGUCCAAAACAUUGGAGAUUUACACCGCUAUCAUAAGUGUACAAGCUUUGCUUCUGGAAGAAUUGAGCACAUCAAAAAUACUAUCAGAAUCAGAGUGUACCCACAUUUUAGAGGCACAUAAUCCUGAGAUUGAAGAACUUGACAGAAAGUUGGAAUAUGAAAUGUUACAUAAGGAGACGGCUCAGCAGCAGCACCUAUUGAAUAGGCAGAGAUGGACUCCAGAUGGAUUGGGACUUUCAGAUGAAGUUGUGGAAAUUAAUGCAGAGAGACAGGUGUCUGCUCUGCUGUGUCAGGCAUUGAAUAAGUGUAAGCAAUUGGUAAAUCUGCAUCGGCAAAGCUUACAAGAAGAGCAAUGGAAUGAUGUGGUGCUUGAAGAUCUUCUGGAGAAUAUAGAAAUGGAUACAUUUUUGGCACUUUACAGCCAGGAGCUCCGAUUGGCAGCUUAUUUAACCAAACUGACAAUGGUACCGGUGGGGAUGUUGCACAGACUGCUGAACUUACUGCUGCCUUCAAGUUCACAGACUGAGCUUCUUUCUGUUCUGGAUUCAAUCAGUGACAAAUAUUCAGACAGUGUUAUUGAAAGUGACAUAAAUGUGGAGGAAGCUGACAGCUGUAGAAAGAGGAAGCACCAAGGGUCAUGGCAAGUGUUAGAGAGCAAAGUAAGGCAGGAUCUGAUAAGCAAAGGCUUGGAGAAGAUGCAUUCUGCAAACAGGAGUAAAGAAAGCCUGCUAAAGAAGAAGCAACUUGCACUCCUGGAAAGAACAUCGUUCUCUCCUCUCGGAUGUUUGUCUAGACACCCUCCUGUGGAACCUGCUGGCCAGCCUGAUUCAUUGAACACUGCUGCUGCAGAAGCCAUUGAGUUAUUAGACACGGGGGAGAAGAUAUUUCUGUUCCGUGAUCAAAGGGAUCCCAUACUUGCUUUGCAUAGUUCUCCAAGAAAAAAGAAAAAGAACUUCCUAAAUUCCAAGAAGGCUGCACUGGCAAACAUGGGCUAAUGAGGGAGAUAGCCAUUCAGUGCAUCAAUUAGUGAGAGGAAGUUUAUUUCCAAAUAAGGAUCAUGAAAAAGGAGAAAAUCAUCUGAGUCAUUGUUAAAAAACAAUUUUUGUAUAAGUUGCAAUAGUUUGAUUUUUGCAUUGUAAAUAGUUUUUAUUCUUACAACUGGAUUUUGCACUCGUCACCCAGCAGUGCACAAUCUAUAUCUAUUAACUAUUGUUUUAGUGCACACAGGAGCAGUAAGUGAAUUUGUGUCAUAAUCUGUGAUAUACAUUACAUAACUGAGGGCAGGAUGUAGUGCUCAAAUAAUUCAUUGUAUGAGUUUUGUAUUCUCAGCGUAUGCGCAGUGUGCCUAGCCAUUUGAUAGCAUCGUCUUCAGCCAGGUGAAGAGCUGGUAGCUAGCCGUCAGCGGGCACUUGUCAAGGAUAUGCAACAUAGUCUGAAGUUGUCCGCAUCUACAUUGUGGGCCAUUAGAGAAACCCCAUUUGAAGAGAUUGGCCACACAAUUGCCCUGUCCUGUUUGAAACUGGUUCAGGGAAGCCCACACAUGCUUUGGCAGGUCAGAUGGUUGGGGCAGUGAUGAGAAAGUGAUUAAUGACUAUCACCACUGACCACUCAUUACGCUAAGCAGAUUCCACCGUCAUGUCCUGUGGUGGUAUAAGUGACCAUAAAGAGUAUCUAGAAGACAGGUGAAGUUAGCAGGUGGUUGAAGAGGUCUGAGUAAAGAGGCAAAUCACAUUUCUCACGGAUCUUGGCCAGGAGCAUGAUGGAGACCCCCUCGUGGCGAAUAUGGGGCGGAGCUAUGUUACUAAGUAUUGGCUGCCAUGGCAACGGAGUUGCACAUAACAUCCCAGUAACCGUGCAUAGCUUUGUUAAGCUCUACAUCAACCAGCCUCGUGUGAGAUGAGCAACAGCAGACAGGAGCACAGUACUCUGCUGUUGAAUACUGAUUUCUGUUUGGUAUAUUUUUAUUAUUGUUUAUAUGUGAUGGUAACUUAUAUAAAAUCAACCCCUGAUUAAUUAUUGCAGGAUACAGUACUAAAUAGAGAUAAGGAUAAGGAAAAACUGUAUACCAGAUAACUGUGGUAAUUAUUAAUAAAUAGUUUGUUAAUAACCACUAUAAAUUGGGUUUUAUUUUUGCAAACUGCUUCCUAAAAUUACAGCUAGUGAACUAGAUCCUCCAAACACUUAUGCAUGUGCUUAAUUUUGCUCACCAGAGUAGUUACAUUGGCUUCAGUUUUUCACCAGCUUCCCCAAACUUGACUGAGUUUGGCUCAGGCAUAAAGGUUCGCGGAUUCUGACCCAAUCUUUGUACUAGUGGAGCAACAAUAUUGUAUCUGCUCACAGACAAAGGGGGAAAAUGGGAAUUAUAUUGUUUUCCUAAGGCAUUCGUGAUCACAGUGUUACCAACCAUAACGGCAUCAACCUCUCAUGAGUGCCCCCUUUCUCUGGCCAAUGUACUUGCAAUCACAAUUCUUUUUCACGGGGAAGCACUCACCUCUUGUGAUGGCUCCCUUUGGUUAGUUGGGUGUGAGCCUGCUUUUGUUUUUUGGUCUUACAUCAGGAUGGCACCCACCUCUAGCAAGCACCCUGGCCCCCCCAGCUGAUCUUUCAGUGGGCCUUCAGCAGCUCAGCCCUCCGGCCGAGCCUCACAAACUGUCCCCCCCUUCUGGGGUAUACAGUCCCAGGUUCUUAUCGCAGCCCUGGUAUGGGGCCGUAGCCCUUAGGCUUCCUCUCAGAGGCACUGCCUUCUUCGACCGUCCAGCCCGGGGCCCAUCUCAGUACCCUCGGCUAGUGUCCUUUCAGCAGCCCUCCCUGGUCUCAGUCUGCAACCAGACCAGCAGGCCCAUCUCGGUACCCUCAUUUGGUCUGGCCAGGUUCUGUGCUCAGUCCCCCAGGCUCAGCCUGCCCACACUGACCUUUUCAUGGUCCUGCUGCUGUUGUAUUCAGUUAGCCAGGCACCCAGUCUUUGGCAGGCUUCCCUGGGCUCCAUUCUGUCUGGUGAGCCCUCUGCAGUGAGCUGUCCCCGGUUAAUCUAGCCAGCCAGGUACCUGAUCAUCCCUCUUCAAGUUCCACACAGCAACUGAAGGCUCUGCUCUGCUGCUUGCCUUUUAUCUGGCCCUUCUGGCCCCUUAUUGGUUGUUCCAGCAGCCCCUCUGAUUGGCCGCUCCUCCGCUUCCACUCUAGGCUGCCUGGAGGACUUCUCGCUGCACUAUUCUGGAGCAGGGUGACACAGGGCUGUGAGGCCUCGAGCCAGGGGGGCCUCUGGACCUAGUCCACCCUGCCACACCAACUCUCAUAAUUGUAGAUGUUUUCUGAAAGCUCUAGCUCCUGAAUUCAUGUGAAACCAUAAGAAUCUGCUCAUUAUUUAAAAAAUAAGUUUUUAACCCUCAUAACUGAGGGGGAAGGGGGCUUGAAAACAUGAACCAUAGAGGCACUGACACCAGAAGGCAAAUAAAAAGAACCCCAAAUUUAUUAUUUUAAAAAUCUCAUGAUGUUCAGGACAAUCAUGAUUUUUAGAGCAUAACUCAUAAUUUUUGAAAGCCCAAGUUUGGCAAUAUUAUGAUCACAUACCCUGAAGCUGUUUGUAUAUUAGUGCUGUAUAUUUUUGUAUAAACAAGAUGUCCAUUUCCUUUGGGAAAGUAAACACUAAUUGUAUUUGUUUCUAUAAUUGCUCAUAAAAUGGCAGAAUUGCAUUUAUUUUGAACCUAAGUGGAAAAGUCACUUCUCUUUAUAAAGUUAGGGACUUUAUUGUACAGUAAAGAACCAUUAACGUUUUUCAGCUACUAACACAGUUCUUGAUUGUGUGGAUUAAUUAGCAUCACAUCCUGAUAAUCCAAUAACAAUUCUCAGCCUGUUCUUUAUUAUCCUCACUGAGUCAAAAGUGAACAAGGUUGUACCAUGGUAGAAAAAGGCAUUCUCAAGUAACGAUUGGGUUUGAUACAUUCAAUUUACAUCCUUCCUCGAUAGAUUACAGCCCUAAUCCUGCUCUUAUAUGUAGCACCCAUGGGCAAUAGAGUCCAUGGAGUGAGCACAUGAUACCAGCGUGGUGGCUAGUUAUAAAAGGGAUUUAGUAUAACGAACUGAUUAAUGUGUAUAUUAUGUUUUGUGUGAGGCUUGAGUUGGGUAUUGAAAUUAAAUUACCCUUUUAUUUAUUUAGAUUUAUACAAAGUUAAAUUGUUGAAAGCCUGUUAUUGAACUGAUAAUAAAUUAUCUUAAUUUA